AUGAGUUUCCCUGUGGGCAUUUCUGCAUCCAGGAAGCAUUUCUUCCUCUCAGUGUAUUCCCUUGUGCUGAGAUUGCAUUUCACAGUGCUUUUUCUGUGCACCAUGGCAUCCUCAUGCCCCAAGAGCUGCUUGUGCACAGAUAGGAAUGGUCUGGUGGUGGUGCAGUGUUCUUCCCGCAAUCUUGAGACCAUCCCAUCUGAUCUACCGCAUGACACCGUUGCUCUGCUGCUCUCCUCUAAUCAUAUAACAAAGAUUCCUGGCCAGGCUUUUAAACAGCUCCCUCGUCUGCAGGAGCUUGAUUUGUCACGCAAUGCGAUUGACAGUGUGGACGGUGGCGCUUUUCAGGGCAUCUCAGAGACCCUGCGUAUGCUUAAUCUGUCCCACAACCGCCUGCGUGGAGUACCCAAGGGGGCCUUUGCACGGCUCCAUGCCAAGAUUGGCCUGGCCAACAACCCAUGGCACUGUGAAUGCACACUACAAGAGGUGCUACGUGAAUUAGAACUUGACCCUGAGACCGCCAGUGAGGUGAGUUGCCAUACAGCUGUGCAGGAUGAGUAUGCCGGCAAGCCCGUCAUUCAGGUCCUGGACUCCGGCAUCAACUUCUGCAAUUUUCAUCACAAAACAACGGACUUGGCCAUGUUUGUCACCAUGUUCGGCUGGUUCACCAUGGUGAUUGCUUAUGUCAUAUACUAUGUGCGGCACAACCAAGAGGACGCCCGCAGGCACCUGGAGUAUCUCAAGUCUCUGCCAAGCAGUUCCCAAAUUAACAAGGACUUGGACACAAUCAGUACUGUUCUGUAGCUUCUGCAUCAAAGCCUUGGGUCAGGAAUGUAUUCAACUAAUGGGGCACAGCCAUGAUGGCACAGCAACAAGCCUUAAAGCUCCUCAUGAGCACUCCACAAAUACAUAAUGCUGUUUUCUUUGCUCAUUUCUAAAUAAGUAAAUCUUACAGCUCAAAAUGUAUGGCUUUCAAUAGGCAGGUCAUGCUAAUAAAUUUUAGCGUUAUUUGCAUUUUCAAGUUAGUAGUUAAAUAUUGGUUAGCAAUGAAUAGCGAUGUGUUCCUACUUGGUAAUUCCAUAUGCAUGAUAUUAUGAAUUUCUGUUAGGUUUUACCUCCAAGUAUGCAUUCAGUAAUAAUAGAAGUGAUCUUUUGUGGCUCUUGCAGAAAAGCUCUGCAGAGCUAAAUCCUCCCUCCCUCUGCUUCCUAGUAGGUGCAUAAUUUCUCUCAUUAUGUCAGUUCAUUUGUCCAUUUAUGUGCUAAUGUUAAUAUAGAGAAAAUAGGGCAGAAUCAGAGAUCGGAAGGCCUUAUUUCCAAUAUAUUUAUUAUAGAGCGGCAUAGAAAA